AUGCCUCCCAUAGAGCGCCUCACAGACAAGCUGGAGGCUCCAGCGCUUGAUGAUCGAUCCUACAGAGUCAUCAGACUUCCAAACAAGCUCGAAGCUCUCCUGGUCCAUGAUCCAGACACAGACAAAGCUGGCGCGGCUGUCAAUGUGAACGUUGGAAGCUUUAGUGAUGCAGAUGAUAUGCCAGGUAUGGCCCACGCUGUGGAGCAUCUCCUCUUCAUGGGCACGCAAAAGUACCCCAAAGAGAACGACUACAAUGAAUACCUCUCAGCCCAUUCUGGAUACUCCAAUGCCUAUACUGCAGCUACGGAAACAAACUACUACUUUGAAGUAGCCGCUUCUACGGAAGUUGAUUCGGGGAAUGCCACAAACGGCUCCCCAUCGCCGCCACUCUAUGGAGCCCUUGAUCGAUUCGCCCAAUUUUUCAUAUCACCCCUCUUCCUCUCCUCUACUCUCGACCGCGAACUUAAAGCAGUCGAUUCAGAGAACAAGAAAAAUCUACAAAGCGACAAUUGGCGACUAUCACAGCUCAGCAAGUCCCUCUCAAGCAAGAAGCAUCCAUAUCACCAUUUUUCUACAGGUAAUCUAGCCACGCUCAGAGAUGAGCCAAGGAAGAGAGGCGUAGAUGUGCGGAAAGAGUUCAUACGGUUCCAUGACAAGCACUACUCGGCGAAUCGGAUGAAGCUGGUGGUGCUAGGGAAAGAGUCCUUGGAUGAAUUGGAGACGUGGGUUGGCGAAUUAUUCGCUGGCGUCCACAACAAGGAUCUGCCACAAAAGCGAUGGGAUGGACUGCAACCGUUAACAAAAAAUGAGUUGAUGACACAAAUCUUUGCGAAGCCCGUCAUGGACCAGCGAACACUGGACAUUUGCUUUCCAUACCAAGACGAGGAGAACUUGUACGAAUCACAGCCAAGCCGCUACAUUAGUCACCUAAUUGGACAUGAAGGUCCAGGCAGUAUUCUUGCAUACACCAAGGCCAAGGGAUGGGCCAAUGGCCUUUCCGCAGGGCCCACGUCUGUGUGCCCUGGGUCAGCGCUUUUCCAAGUCUCGAUCAAGCUGACUGAGGAGGGUCUGAAGGUCUAUCGGGAAAUUGUGGAAGUUGUGUUUCAGUACAUAUCUCUGAUCAAGGAGAGUCCGCCUCAGAAAUGGAUUAUCGACGAGGUCAAGGGCAUGUCAGAGGUUGACUUCAAAUUUCAGGAGAAGAGCUCUGCGAGUAAUUUCGUCAGGACAAUGUGCAGCACAAUGCAAAAGCCUUUGCCUCGAGAGUGGCUUCUCAGUGCCACAGAUCUGAUACGGAAGUUCGACGGAGACGCCAUAAGCACAGCCCUGGGAUAUCUCAAAGCAGACAACUACAGACUCACCAUCGUCAGCCAACAGUAUCCCGGUGAUUGGCCCAUGAAGGAGAAGUGGUACGGAACAGAGUACAAAGUCGAAAACAUCAGUCCCGACUUUGCCGCUGCGAUCACAAAAGCUGAAGAGGUCACAUCAAAAGACCGAAUACCAGAGCUCCAUCUCCCACACCGGAACGAGUUCAUACCAUCGAAGCUGACAGUCGAGAAAAAGGAGAUCGCAGAGAUCAUGAAGGCUCCAAAACUCAUUCGCAACGAUGAGCUUGUUCGCACCUGGUGGAAAAAGGAUGAUAAAUUCUGGGUGCCCAGAGCAAACGUUUUUGUUACUCUGCGGAAUCCACUGGCUGCAGCACUCCCAUCAAAUUCUGUCAAGACGAGGAUGUUCUGCCAGCUUGUCAAAGAUGCCCUUGGUGAAUAUUCAUAUGACGCGGAGAUAGCCGGUCUCGAAUAUGAGCUCGGGGACUAUUACGUUGGUAUUGGAAUCGACGUGAGUGGGUACAACGACAAGAUAUCCGUGCUGUUGGAGAAGGUUCUUGUGACUAUGCGUGAUCUAGAAGUGAAGCCGGACAGGUUCCAGAUCGUGAAAGAGCGAGUACUAAGGGGCUAUCGCAACUGGGAUUUCCAGCAGCCCUAUCACCAAGUCGGCGAGUUCACUACAUGGCUCGGUUCCGACAAAGCAUGGAUCAACGAACAAUACCUAGCUGAGGUUGCGCACCUCACCCCUGAGGACAUCUCAAGUUUCUAUCCUCAACUUCUUCGCCAGGUGCACCUUGAGAUACUCUGUCAUGGAAACAUCUACAAGGAAGAUGCUCUUCGAAUAACCGACCUUGUCGAAUCUACCCUCAAACCACGAGCGUUACCCGUGACACAAUGGCAAAUGGCCAGGAAUUUGAUACUCUCACCAGGUAGUGACUAUACGUUCGAGCGGAAGCUAGGCGAUCCCGCAAACGUCAACCAUUGUAUUGAAUAUUAUAUCUUUGUUGGAGACGUUGUUGACAGGAUCUUGCGGGCGAAGCUUCUACUUUUAGGGCAGAUGACGGAAGAGGCAGGCUUUGAUCAAUUACGAACGAAGGAACAGCUUGGCUAUAUUGUUUUUACGGGCGUAAAGAUGCAAGCAACGACAAUGGGCUACAGAGUGAUCAUCCAGUCCGAGAAACCAACAGAAUACCUCGAGGAGCGGAUCAAUGCAUUCUUGGCACAUUUUGGGAAGUCGCUGCAAGCCAUGUCGACAGAAGACUUUGAGAGCCAUAAAAGCAGUCUUAUCGCGAAGCGGCUGGAGAAGAUCAAGAACCUUGACCAGGAGAGUUCUCGGUUUUGGAGCCACAUCAGCAACGAAUAUCUCGAUUUCUUAUCACGGGAACACGACGUCUCGCACCUGAAGCCAUUGACCAAAUCGGACCUCAUUGACUUCUUCAACCAUUACAUCAACCCUACAUCCCCAUCUCGUGCUAAACUUUCGGUACACAUGAUUGCGCAAUCAUCGCCUAAAGAAGUAGCUGGCAACGUAUCCCCGGCUGAACAAAAGGAGAAGGUUGUGACUACGCUUGGAAAAUACUUGACCGCCAUGGGGAUCGAUGCCGACCAAGAAAAGCUCACUAAACGUUUUGAUGGCGUGGAUGUUACAGGUGGAGACCAAGCCGGCAUUAUCGAUGCUGUUGCCAAAUAUCUCGAUGAAGACGUGGAGAUGGGUGAGGAGGAGGCAAACGGUGUCUUGGCGCAAGGGCAGCAACUACUGGGAACCGUCUUACCCAGUUUGGGUAUCGAAGUCAAACAGUCCGUCGACGGGGUGGACGGCAUGGAGGAUUUGCCCGAGGCACCACCUGUUAAGAAGAGUACGCUCAUCGAGAACGUACGCGAAUUCAAAGCUGGGUUGCAGCUGACAGCAGGACGCAAACCCGUAACCGAUCUGAGCGAGUUUUUGGAUACCGAGUCCAAACUGUAG